AUGCAGCCUCGAAGUUUGCACGCGAAAUCUGCGGAAGCAUGGAAGAGGGAAUAUGUUGCGCGCAGUGUCGGUGGAAUGCCAGGUGAUUCGUGGCAGGGUGGUAUUAGGGCGCGCGCUAUAUGCGAGCUGUGGUGGGUUCGACCCCCAUUGCUGACGGGUUUUGCAAAAAAAUCUUUUGCCAAAACUCCAAUCAUUCAAAACACUUGGUAAGCUAUUUUCCUGGAUGGAACGAAUUGAAAUAAAUUAAUUUUGUGGAAUAAAAAAAUUUCCAUUUUCAACAAUUUUGAAAUGCUGAUUGAAUAUCAACCCGUGUAAAGUAUAAGUAAGAACCAUUUUGACUGAUUCUAAAUCAUUCUCAGAAUCAGUCAGUCUCAGGUCGGAUGUCGGAAAUUUUUGGCCGAUGUGGCGGCUUCCCGGAUCGAUCUCUAUAUUUCAACUUAAUGACUAUGUUUGGUUGGAUUUGUAUGCCUCUAUCGAUUAUUUGUGCCUAUUGUAUCAUUAGAAAAUCGCCACCCGCAAUGAAAAUGUAUCGCUGGUCGUUGCUCAACUUGUUAUUUUGGUUAGUUGCUUUCGAAUUUCUGAGAAACCAAGAAAGGCUGUUUUUGUUGACGGCUCGAAAAUUCAGAAGAGAUCUUUCAAAAUUGAACGAUUAGAAAACCAUAGUUUUCUCUUCCAAAAAAUGUGACUGAUCGAAAUUUUUCCAGGACAACUCUUCUCUGUUGGAUGAUGGCUUUCGGAGCUCGUCCGGUCUUUUUUCUACCGUAUCUUGGCGGUUUUGCGACAGGCUUUUCUGCGCUCCAUGGGACUGUCGACAAGGUUCCUCGCCCAAGUCACUACAGGCCUCUUAGGGAGGUUCAUUUACAAUUAUUUUCCGCAAUUUCCUUCGUUUCACAGGGGUCGGGGCCUCGGUAGUAACCGUUUUCGAGCAUCAAUACCAAUCGUUUCUUCCUCAAAGCCAUCCAAUGAAGUUUCGAAAAGGGACUAGAUUUGUUAUUCUGCUCGUUUUAUAUUUCAUGUAUGUAUUUUCUUGUUAUUGGCCGACGCUUUUCGAGCCGGAUCAGUAUCAGGCACGAUUGGUGAUUGCAGAGGUGAGGAAUUAGCUGUGGAGCGCAUUUUCUAUUACUUUACAGUCAGAUCUUUGAAAUUAAGCAGACCAAAAUUAGGCUCGCUUGACAAAAAAAAAUUGAUUCGUAGAAUUUUAGAUUUUUAAUCACGCUUUGGGAGCUGCAAGUUCCGUACCAACUUGCUGCUCCAAAAAGAUUGGAAAGCCAAAAUCUCAAUUUUUUCGCCGAAUUUGCAGCUCUCAUCAUGCUCUUGGAGACCGGAAUGAGAUAAAUAACUGAAAAUAUAGUCAAUGUUUAUCGACUUGAAAGGCAAAGGAGGCGGGGCAAGGAGCGGGACGCGUAGCGUGUGCGUACGCGGUCCUUGGCACGAGUCCAAUUCAAUUGCCGCCUAAAAAAGCUCGGCAACCGCUCUUUUUCAAUGUUUUCUCCUAUUUUUUGAUGCACGCAUGGACAUAAUCAAUAAAUCAUUGAAAAAAAAGAGAAAAGAGCGCUAAAUGAGCUCUCAGAAUGCUCGCUGGCGGUUGAAUUGAACUCGUGCCAAGAACCGCGUACGCACACGCUACGCGUCCCGCCCCUUGCCCCGCCUCCCUCGCCUUUCAAGUCGGGAAACAUUGACUAUAGAGGAAUCUCUAGACUUGGCCGACAAUCGCCUGCGAUUUCUGGGGCCCUGAGUACUAUUACAUUUCCGACAGCGGGUUUGGCGUCGUCCACGUCUAUUUUCUAAGCUUGACUGUUUCAUCUUUCCUUCUCACAAUGCCUCUGGUCAUUCACUCCUCGACUCUAGUUUCAAGUUUCAUUGUCACGUCCUCCGCAGCCACAAGAAGGGCUAGAAAGAACUAUAUUCGACAACUUUUGCUCAUGGUAAGUUUGAUUUUUUCAAAAUGAAAAGGUUCAUUUUAGAUGAAAUUUUUGUGAACUUGAACGUCCACCGUAAGAAAAGCGGUUCUUGAUAUGAAAUUAGCCGUUUUUUAGGUUUCUUUUGAGGUUUUUCAAGUUUACAUCUUUUUGGAAGUUUGAAGAUAAAAAAGUGCUUUUCAGGUUUUUCUACCGAUUUUCUUGGCGAUUAUUCCGAUUUUCUUAGUUCUCUCCUGCUACCUUGUUCUCGAGGAGGAAAAUGAGUGUAAGUCAAAGUUAUAGAUUUGAUGAAAUGAAGUCAUCUAAUCAGAUCAGUUUUUGUGAUCAAUCAGAGUGGUCUUGAAAAAGUUAUUCGAAUGAGAUCCAAAACUGCAAAAAAUGCUCCAGAGCCGAACCCAUGACCAUUUACAAGACAGUUUUUGGAAUCCCUCUAGGCGGCAUACUUAGGAGCCGCAGAGUGGUCCCUUUAGGGGCUUUUGAAGGUCCUUCCUCAGACCCUGAACCUCUAAAGGGACUGUCUAAUCUUAUCCCUAGAGUGAGCCCUUUUUUAUUCUCUAAAGGUCCUCUAAAUCUUUGACUAGAAGGCUUCUAGGCACGGCGUUCCCAAACGGGGUGGUGAGACGUCAAAAAAUUUUUGGCGCGAAAUUGGAAGUACGCAGCCAAAUGUAUUCUUCUUCGUUGAAUACUCAGUUUUCAACGAUAGGUAGCUGUGACGUCACAGUCCUUUUAUCCGAAGCGCGCACUUACUUUUUUUUGUAAAUUCAGAAGCCUCGCUCACCUUUCCUCACCCCAUUGGGAAUGCCGUUCUAGGGACCAAUUUAGCCUUUCACAUCGUCUUACCAACCCGUUGUUGCGAAAAUAAAGUUAUUGAUUGAAAAAUAUAUUUUCAGUGAUGUCAUAUUGUUGCGUGGUUUUAUCGUCACACGGUCCUUGUAAUGCCUUAUUAAUUAUGAUUGUUCAUCCGCCGUAUCGAAAGUUUUUGAUGAACCUCUUUUGGUUCCAAAAGAAAAAAGGUUUUUCUAAAAAAUACCUGUUUUUCCACAAGAUUUUUGAAUUUUAGAGAAGCGUCCAGCCGUUGUCAACCUCUCGUCUUAAGAAAAAAGUAUGAAGUAGUUUAUUUUUAAUUUUCUAAAUAAUAAACUUCAUCAUGAAUACUUAGUUGGGCGCGCCGUAGCGCAACAGGUUGUGUGCCUGUCUACGGUCCACAGGGUCACAAGUUCGAUCCCAACCCCGACCCAACCAGGGGGUAUAAGAAAUGUUGGUAGUGGGAAACCACGACUUCAUAAUCCCCAGCCGUCACACACAAGGACGGAUAUGUCACUCGAGCCAGUCCACUGA